GCAUCGUAUGAUUUUUGAAUUCAAAAUAACCAAUGAUUCAUAAUAUUGAGGAGAAAAUAAAUGGUACUUAAAUUUUGCGGGUAAGAUAAAACAGGAAAUAGCGUGGCGCUACCUACAGGAGCGAGAAUAGAAUCGAUUAAACCGGAAGCUCCGUAGCCGCUCGCGUAAAGGCCAGGAGCAAGCGUUGGCCACAUGUGUUUUGCAGACCGCUUUUCCGUGGAAAAAGAUCGUCGAAAAUGCCGUGUUUACGUAAUCCGUGGUAACGUGACGUUGGAACGGUGCUCCUGAACUUGCUGCUGUUGUGACAAAAUUUUUAAGCCGAACACAAGCACACCAGGGAAGAUCCAUAAAAUAAGGAACGUGAGGAAGAAAAAUUACUUGUACUAACGAAGUGUACGCUGAUUGUCUACUAGUUUCCCUUUUGUACUUGGCACGCACGGUGUAUAUCCAUGGUGCAUCUUAUCAACACUUUUCAUCCGUAGAAGGUAGAUUUAAUCAUUGUUUAAUAAAUCUUCAUUGAACUAGAAAAUUCGUACCGGCUGAUUUUCGAUCAUCUUGUGAAAUCGCCGAGUCAGCGUGUUCUCAACUACGCAACUGAUCGCCUCGUGUAAUAUUAUAUUCGAAAUUCCUUAAACGUUCAGUUGGAUUAUAAGAGGAGUCAUUUUUUUUCGACGCUUUUCUCUAUUGGAUUUGAAAAAUAUUCUGACACGAGUGAAAUACGAAUUUCGGAUAUUCGGUAACGACCGCGUGUGCACACCGCACCUUCUGGAAAAAGCGAUCCCUCGUGACGAGUCUGAAGUGGGCGUUCUCUUGGCCGGUAAAGAACUAGCAGCUGGAAUUCUACGAUUAUCGUAGAAUUUUCGUUGAAUUCAGCUUGUUCGUGCAACAGCACGGACUUUAGAAGAGACAUGCGUCCGGUCCACGGCAUGGAGGAUGUCCCUAGAUUGGUGCUUUAAAGUCAAUUCGACGCAAGGAACAUUUCCGAUCUCUGAUCACGCAACGAGGUUGCUCGGGUAGAUUAAUGUGUCCGAGGGUGUUCGAGGUUCCUCGGGAUUCCUCGACUGCCUGAGAGGAAGCAACAUUUUGUAAAAGUUUCUCGAGUUAAAUCCUCGUGGUUCAGACCUCGUGUUUUGUCUUUCGGCGCGUACUAUUCAAGAUGGCGGCCAAGGUGGCCAGCGGCACUCAGGGAGGUACCGAUAGAGAGGAGGGCCCUGGGGUCUCUUACGCAAGUAUCCUUAAUCCUAAGAGUGGAACUGAAAAUCGGGUUGUUAAUAAGGGUAAUAAUAAGGAAAAUAUUAGCGGUCAAGUAGUUCAGCAACAGUCAGUACCGAUUAAAGAUCGUAUUGCUUCCCAAAGUCUAACUACCAAGGGAAAAUCUUAUCAGAGAAGCGAAAGAAGAUUUAAUCCUCAGAACAAACUGGAGAAGCACUAUGGAAAUGAAACACCAUCUCCUACUGAACAGAAACAAUUGCCUGUGCAGAAGAAAGCUCCAGCUGAACAACAACAAGAUAAUGUUGUUGGAAAUGAACAGAUGAACGGCGAUGUUGGCAGUGAUGGAGAAUUUCAAACAGUAGCACCAAAGAGUGCUAGGAGGAAAGAAAAAUUACGAGAACACCAACGUGAUCACAGAGAUCAACACAGACACCGUGAUCACAGGCAUCCUCUUCGUGGUCAUAAUGGAAGUAACGAGAGAUCUUAUAAGGAACGAGAUCGCGGGGACAGGGAUCAUUUUAUAGGAAUUAAAGAUGCGGUAAAAGAAAAAGAGGAAACAGAGACAGACUCUGAAAACCAAUCCUCAACACCAGUCAAAUAUGUAGAAGCUCCUCUACCUACUGUUAAUCCUUGGACCAAAAGCAAAAUGUUGACACCACCAGCAGCACCUGUAAAUUCAGUUCCUGCUGUACCUUCAGCAGUUGUACCACCUGCUGAGAAACAGACUGAGAAAGAAAAGAGGGUACUUCAACCGCAACAACAAGGGAUUGUUGAGAACGGUAUCAACGCAGGAAACCACCCUACCAUUGUUACAGCGUCAAAGGAUAGGAGAAAAUUUAAUCAAAAGGCGAGCGAUUUCUCAGACAUCGGUGAUUGGCCCUCAUUGGGAGCUCAAGGAGAUAAAAAGACAACUGUGACCGCGCCGAAGCAGAAUGGUGUGGUUGAACAAAAUACUGUUAAAGAAAGUAGUGGAACCCCUACUGAAAAUAGAGGGAAGGAGAACAAGGAGCAGAAUCACUGUCAGGAGGACAGUGAUGAAAAUACAGAUGUGACUGAAAAGAAAAAAAAAGUGAAUAAGCAAAAAUGGGUACCAUUGGAAAUAGAUAUAACGAAGAACCGAGGUAAAAGGGAACGCUCUCCAAAGUAUCACAAUCAAAGAGACAAAAGUGGAGACGACACAGAUUCUUAUAGAAACAGAGAACACGAUAGACCGACUUAUAAUACAAGAGGUGGACGGGGUGGCAGAAGUUACAGGGGCAGAGGAGGACGAGGUGGACGAGGUGCUUAUCGUGGUAGUUUUAGGCAUAGGCAAGACUAUUCAAAUUACACAGCAGAUUAUAUGCAGAUGCAUAAAUUCGGACAUCUGGAUCCUCCUUAUAUGAUGCCUUACGUAGGAACGUUUUAUUACAAUAGCACAAAUUGCGUCUUAGACACGGUAACGCUGAAGGAAUACAUAAGGAAUCAAAUAGAAUAUUACUUCAGCGAGGAAAAUCUUUUAAGAGAUUUCUUCCUGCGUCGUAAAAUGGACGCGCAAGGCUUUUUACCUAUUACUUUAAUAGCGUCCUUCCAUCGGGUACAGACUUUAACGAUGGACGUAGGACUCGUUAUCGAAGCGAUUAUGGGAUCGGAUAAGUUGGAAUUAGUAGAUGGAUUCAAGGUGAGAACAAAAAUAGAUCCUUUGAAGUGGCCGAUUUUGGACGCAGCCGGAAAUCCUGUAUUCUCGGAAUCGUCUGACAUUUCAAAUCCGUCUCAAAAUGAAGUAAUACUUUCCGCGUCCGAAUCGUCCGAUUUUUGCCCCGCUGCCAGACCCUUACCAACGAUUCCUAUUCCCCCAGUUCCACGUGUACUUCAAUCCAACCACAUUGUCUCAACAGUAGGAAGAGUCAGUGAAUCAGAAAGUGUAUCCUCGUCGGUAGGCGACAGUUUGAAUCCUGACGUGCCUGAGUUUAUACCAAAUGAAUUGACAAACAAGAAUAAUGAAGCUGUUGCGCCUAACAGUGAUAAUGAACCAGCAAAAACCGAGGAACAGUCGGAUGAACUGAAUAGCAUUCCAGCAUCGUCGAAUAACGAUGAUUCAGAGACGGUUUCGAGCAGUGAAUCAUCUAAAAUGUCAACAACGGUCAAGUGUUCUAGUCCAACCCAAGCGUCGGAAGUACAAAUUAAUGGAGACUCCCAAUCUGGCGUUAACGUUUGGAAAGAGGUAAGGCGAAGGGUGAAAUCAUCGCAUAAGGAGAGAAAUGAAGAAAGAGAGAAAAUUGAUAACGUUAAAAGCCAAGAAAGAGAAGAGUUGGACUUUCAGUUUGACGAAGAACUCGAUACUCCACCUCCAACUGGUCGUCACAAUGCCUUCUCUGAAUGGUCCGAAGACGAAGAAGAUAAUGAAUUGUCAGAUGGUGAUGUCAAUAAGCUAUUAAUUUUUACACAAACGACGGUAUCUAUGCCUACACGAAUUCCAAAACACGAGGGUCAUGAUCGAACUGGUGAUUGGACAACUAGGGUAAAAAUGACUCAAGAUCUUGAACAAGCCAUCAAUGAUGGAUUGUAUUAUUACGAAGAGGAUUUAUGGAUAAAAGAUGGUCAAAGGUAUGGAUCAUCUUCCUCAAUUGGAAGUUAUAAAACUGUUAAUGUGAUUAGUCAAGAAGAUUUUGAAAAAAUGGCACCCAAAAUGCCUAAGAAAGCUAAUCCAGAAGUUCCUCCGCCACCUCCUUCCGCGAUGGAUGAUCUCGAGGUAUCUCAUUCGCUUCCAACACAGGUGCCAAUAGGUUUGGACAAUCAAGAGAGAAGGAAUCGUCGAAUGGAUAGAAACCGGUGGAAUGACAAAUCAAGACUCGGUAGAAGUGGUAGAAGAGGGGUGGUUCCUCGUUUCUUCGCUGUAGUGAAGGACGAACCAUCGGUAGAUCCUAGAACACCCCGGAAAAGAAAAACACGACACAGUAAUAAUCCUCCUGUCGAACACCAUGUCGGUUGGAUUAUGGAUGUUCGGGAACAUCGACCGCGUACAUAUUCUACAGGAAGUAGCGCAGGAACAAGUCCAAACGAAGGUUACCUUGCAAGCAGUUAUGGAAGCGUACCGCAAUCUUUGCCCGCUUUCCAGCAUCCAAGUCAUGCUCUCUUAAAAGAGAAUGGCUUCACCCAGCAAGCUUAUCACAAGUAUCAUUCGCGUUGCUUAAAAGAACGCAAGAGGCUAGGAAUCGGUCAGUCUCAAGAAAUGAAUACACUUUUCCGUUUCUGGUCGUUCUUUUUACGGGAAAAUUUCAAUCGUACCAUGUACGAAGAAUUCAGAAGUAUAGCCAAAGAAGACGCGUCCGAAGGUUAUCGAUACGGUCUGGAAUGUCUUUUCAGAUUCUAUAGCUACGGUUUGGAAAAAAGAUUUAGACAUCACCUAUACAGAGAUUUCCAAAUCGAAACGAUACACGAUUACGAGACUGGUCAGUUGUAUGGAUUAGAGAAAUUCUGGGCGUUUUUAAAGUAUUACAAAUACUCCGAUCAACUUCAGGUAGAUCCAAAAUUACAGGAGUAUUUAUCCAAGUUUAAGAGCAUCGAAGAUUUCAGAGUGGUUGAGCCUCAAAUAAAUGAAAUGUUGCAAGGAUUUGCCGCCCACUCGCGAUCUCAGGCUGCAAAGAGACGCAACAGAAGCGUCUCCGAAAGUGCCGGGGAUGGCGAGGCUUCACCGACGAGUAGAGUUCGUCGAUUGUCUGGUGGUUCCAGUACCGUAACACUGCCAACCUUGGGUUCCGAAAACAAUCAUAACGCGUUGAAGCUUCGCGUUGAUUCGGUUAAUCUUUCUCAGCUUCGUAACAGAACCGGUUCGUUCGGUUCCGGCCGGUUAGGGCAUUCCAGAAGACGGAACGAUACCGCCUCCUCUUCGACCAGCCAACGUGAUUUGAAUAAACAGCCACCCCGAAGCAGACACAAUUCCGGUUCCUGUACGAAGCCGCAGGAGGUGAGCAAAUCUCAGUCCACUGCCAGAGAUCGGUUGCAAGCGACCUUCAAGUCUGAGCAGACGAAAUCGGUCACGAUCAAGACGGAGACCACGUUGAUCUCUCAAAAGUGAGAUCAACCGAAGGGUAAGUGCGCGCAAAGCACUUGCUCGAUUUGCUAAAUCGAUACGAACGCGUUCGCUCCUGGAAAUAUGAUACUUUGUGUUCUAAACAAAGAGACGAACAUUUGAAGUAAACCCAGGAGUACUGCUAAACGUGUAAAACUGUGAGCACAAAAACUUUUCUGUAUAUAGACAAUGAAUGUCAGGUCCUUGACGUUGAGGAUCGUUAGGAAAGAAUAUAAGUGAAACACCCCUGUGGACGAAGGUGAGAGAAAGAAGGAUACCUUCGUCAACGAGACAAAAAGUUCAUCGAGCUGUUUUUAAGGUAGUUCGUUAAGGUUGUAUUUACGGAUAUAUAUAUAUAUAUUCGGCUGUUCUUGCUUGCAUCAGGAUUGUACUGAAUUAAACUUUGCUCAGUUGUCCUGUUAGGAUGCUCGUUAAAUACCGUAGCGGAAAUGAGAAGGACCCAGAGUGGACGAGUAAAUGAAAAAUCCAGGUACGAUAGCGUGUACGUUUGAUAAGGUCAGUUUGAAUUCAUACGUUUGCUUUAAAUGAUCGUUCGAGCGAAUUUCUUUUCUUUUUUACGAAGAGACGUGACACGAAGUCACAGGUUUGUCAUCGUUCUUCAAACACCUAAUUCGUUACCGAUAACAAUUGAAAAAUGAAAAAUGCUUUUCUGAUUAUUUUUUAUUAUUCCAUUGUUAUUAUCACAUUUAUCGAGGGUGAUUUAUAAUGAAAUUUUUAUACCUGAAUAGGUAUAAAAAUUCCUCGUGAUUUUCAAAGUGAACGGUACUAAAUAUUGUCUCUUUAAUUAUUGACAUACUUAAGAAUAUAAUUGAUCGUACUCAAAAUUCUCAUUUCGAAUGGACACUGACACUUCAAGUUACUGAGAACGUCAAAAUGUACAAAUAUUUAACGGCAGCGUUUGAGCUGGUUUCGAUUUUUAAAUUUACGAAACAUAUCACGCGUGUGGUUUUUGUUACUCGUCAUUUUUCAAUACCAAUAACUGUACUGUCUUCGUGUAAUUUGCACAAAGUGUUGAAUUACUGGCCAGGAAAAGUUCUAAAAGAUCCGUCGAUUUAAGUGAACGUUUAGUUACACGGGAAAAUAAUUAGAUUGUUAAACGACAUCAGUGCUUAAAGGGUCGAGUCAAGUGAACCUUUCAAAAUUACACACGAGGUUGUAUAAAAGUUGAUAAAUGAAACGUACUCAGUUCGUGGCCGGUGCACAAUGAAUUAUUAUUAGUUUUAAGUAUAGAAAUGUACAAGGCUAUUUUUUUCUUUUUUUUUAAUUAAAAUACACUUAAUUCUGUUAAUGCUGAUAGAAAAGAACUAUUACCAAGGAUCAGUUACCAAUGGUGAACAAUUAUGUCAAUUUUAGAUACAUAAUACUUUGCUUCGUUUUACUUGCACUGUCAGUGAGAAAAAAAGUCAAUUUUAUCAUCAAAAACGUUCUCAGCCAUGUGUGCUUUGACUCGUGGACUCAAAACAUAGAGCUUCUAAUCAAAUUUCUUUGUGAAUCCAUUUCUCCAAUUCUUUGUGAAUCCGAAAAAAGGCACAUUUGUCUACUUUUUGCCCUUUCGCAUAGACUGUGAACACAAUAACUUGGACUAUUGCUGGCCAAGAGUCGCUUUUCCUUUAAAAAUAAUCACGAUUCAGAAAUAAGUUUUACGUAUAGAUUAUAUUUCUAUAAAUCUAACGAGUGUACAAUUAAUCUAGAAAAUGAAAAGGAUUGGACUUCCCUUGUGAAUCAAAGUAAUUAAAAGCAAAAUGAAAUAUCUAAGAUCUUUCACUUGGAUAAAAGAAACACGUACAAUUGUUUGCAAAGUACUACUGGUUUUAUAAAGAAUGCAAAUUGAGUAGUUAGAAUUUAUUAGAAAAAUAGUCAAAGCAUUGCUUGUUAAAUUGACGAAAACUUAAUGAAUUUUAUUGUUUACGAGGAACAACAGAAAAAGCACAAAGCAAUUAGAAAAAGAAUCCUGAGAGACGAAUGGCUGGCUCAUUCUCUGGAUACCCAGUGUUCUCAGUUUCUUUUUUUUUCAGAAUGCGAAAGGGUUGAAAAGUCGACAUAUUACACGCAUAACGAAUGCUUUACACUCUUUGAAACAUGAUGUUCUAGCUUUUUAAAUGGUACUAGUCACGCACUGAGUCAAAUGCAGUCGAAAUGCACCGUUCUGAACUUCAGUCGACCGAAUAUCGUGCUUGUAACAAAUCCAACAAGUCGUAUAAUUGUAACACCGUAGUAGUUCUCUUGAAAUUGUUUGUAACAAAGUUGAGUUUCUUUUCUGAAAACUUGAUUAUUCGCCUCAUAGCGAAAGAGAUCAUCUUCGUUUGCAUUCUUCAUUGACGGAGUACUUACAACAGAACAAUUUAUCCAGAUAGGAUGAAAGAUUUCUUGUUCAUAUGUUCCUUAACACGUUUGGAAAUUUUGAAUGAUUGAAAGCAUCAAGGUUUCGCUCUUUUCCGUGGCUACGAAUUAUUUUUUUUCUUUUAAUAUCCAGAUGAUACUUCUUUUUUUUUCUGUUUUUUUUUAUUUUUUGUUUUAAAUAUUUGGAUAAAUCGUUAGUUAAAUCCAUAGAGAAAUCUUGACGAUGAUCAAGUAGAUAGCAAUAUUGCAAUUAGCUACCGGAACUUAUUGAAAUUUCUUUUUUUCAGUGGCGUUAAAAAUAGAAAAAUGAAUUUAAUCGCGCGUCGAACUUCGUCCGAGUUCUGUUUAGCCAGAAGCCACUGAGGAAAUUUUCAAAUGAAAUUAGCAAUAUUAAUGUUUCAUCUAUUGGAACUUACUUUCUCAACUUUUCAAUGGCUCAAGAGAGAGAUUUUAUCCUCCAGAGAAAGGAUAGGAAAUUUUGUAAUAGAAAAUAUGACAAAGACUACCUUAAGCGAUACGGUAUGGUUUCGUUACCAUCUGAAAAAUUGAUAAUCUUUCAUGUGUUCAUUAGUUUCGUGAAACGGCAAAGAAUAUUUUCAUUCUUUCCACGAUCGUUUAUACACAUCCAUGCAAUUAUCUCAGAGCAGAAAUCGACCUAACUUUUUACAUUUUCAAGAAUUUGCAUGUAUCUUCUAAUUAUGUGAUCCUCUCAAAGUGAAUAACAGAAAUAUACAAUUAUUUAUUUAUUAGAUGAGAGUAAUAUCAACUCAAAUCAGAAUGGACAUACGAAUGCAAAGUGUCAAUAGACGAAUAACAAUAAGCUCUCUGCAUUCAUACAGUUUCUUCCCUCCAUCGUCUUCCCAUUGAAUCUUUGCUAGAACCAAAACAUGAAGUUCAUAUUACAGUUUUCCAAACUUCAUCCACAACUUUAUUUUUGCACCAGAAAUAUAUCGACAAGGUUCACAGAUUCACUUAGCUAGUACUUGUUGCCUCUUUGAAUCAAUUAUAAUUGUAAAAUACACAAGGGUGUCUGAAGAUGAUGGCCUCCUUAAGUAAUACAUUUUCAGUAUCUGAAAACUUUUAACAGAGAAUCCUUAAGUAAUUAAAAAGACCAUUUUUUUCAUAGACACCCUACAGAUUCAUAAUUGUGCAAGUCCUUGAGAUGCUAAACUCGUUCUAACGAAAAAUCAAAAAGACGAUCUAAUUGUCUUUGGAAAUAGUGAUAUGAUUUUAGAGUUCCUAUAUACCCCGUUCGAAUUAACGAUCAAAGGAUUAUUCAUUGCUUUCCAAUCGAUAAUUGUUUGCAUCAGACUUCCGGUUCGUAAGGUGUUAAUACACGAUCAUGACUCGUUAUAAUUUCCUGUUAAACUUCUGUUUUCUUAUUUAUCUUCAAUUUCAUGCCAUUAAAAUCCCGUGAAAAUAUACAGUAUUACAAUAGUUUCAAAAUUAACUGGUCAUCUUUCAAGUCACUCGAUCGUGUUCUUUUUUUACUUUAUGUAUAACAGGGGAAAGAAUGGCAAUCGGUCAAAAUUUGACCCUUCAUUUUCAUUGACUGACCGACCAUUUAAACUUAGACGAAAUAUCGAGCGGACGAAGAUCGAUUAGCACAACGCGAAUACUAAAAAUACGGUGCCAGAAGUUUAAAAAAUAAUUUAAAAAAAAAAAGGAAAAAUGUCCCGCGGUUACUUUACGUACAUAACAGUCUCCGUUUUGCCAUUUUGUACACGGUGACACUUGUAGAAUUAACUAGGCUAGCUUUUAAGCGAAUGACGAUUCUCUACUUUAAAAAAGAAAAAAAAAAAAAAGAAUAAAAUGUAAUAUUACAAAAGGAAAAAAAAUGAAUGAUCGUAGGAUUAAUCGAAGUAUGAUUAGAAAUAAUGAUAGAUUUUUCAUAGUGAUCGCUCAUGAACGCGGAUUUUGUAUAUUAAAUUAAUUCACCCCCUUAUCGUACUCUACCGUUUAAGAACGAUUCAUUUGAAAAUUGUUUAAACAAUUUCUUACGUAGUCUUUAAAUCGAUAGUGAAAUUUCUAAAAACAAUAAUAUAUAAAAAUAUAAAAUUACGUGUCAGUGAACACUUUCGUUACAAAAGAUUGUUAUAGUUGAAUAUGAAUAGAAUUAUUUAUAGUUUGCAAGUAUUCUGGAUAAUCUAGAUAAAUAAAUCAUUUCUUUUUUUUUUUUAGAAUGAUUUAAUCCCUUGUCUUAGUUAUUUAUUGUUACAGUGCUAGAGUAAAAUAAAACAGUAGACUUCAUUUACGAUGGAGAUUUAUGGAUUAUAAUGCUACCACUCUUUGCUUUCCUUCGAUUAAUACCGUGUGGGGCUUAUGGUGAAUAUCUUUAUCAAUUAUUUUUCAAUGUUUCAUCAAUAUUGUUCUAUGUUUAUCAGAAGUUUAAUAGGUUUAAUAAGCUCUGGCAAUUGUUGAAGAAAAUGAAAUCUUGUGUUCAAAUCUGUGCUCUGAAAUGUGAUAUGAAACUAGAGGGGGUAGUUUAAUCGUGUUAGUGGAAAAUAGAAUACCGAUUGUACUUUACAUCAUUGUUGUUUAAUAAAAAAAUCCUGCUUCCAAUAGACAAUGAUACUUUGAUCUCAACGUGGAAUCCAAGAUACAUUUGGCUGCCACGAAACUUAAUAACAGAAAGAAAUAAUAAUAAAAUGGUACGAUAAGGGGUUGAAAGUGAUCUACGAGGAUGGGUCGAAAUGUUUUCUUUUCAUUUCAUUAAAGAAAAUAAACGAGUUACCAUUUUUAUUCAACUAAAUUAUACAAAAUAUGAAAGCUUUAUUUAUACAGAGAUAAUAGUGAAAAAUUAAUUAAAAGAAUCAGAAAAGGACAGAGCAUUUCAACUCACCCUCGUACAUUUCUCCACAAACGACGAUUCUAUAAAAUAAAUGUAAAUAAUUUUUACCGGAAGUCCUUGGAAUCACGUCACCAGGCCAAUACCCUGUUAUAAAGGGGAGAAAAAAAAAAAAAUAAAAAAAGAUAGCACAUAUUGCAAGUUCUUAUACUGUUACUUAUAUACAUACAUACAUAUAUAUUCUAUAUAUAUAUUCUAUAUAUAUGUAUUUUGCUAAUAAAAUAUUAAUUUUACACUUAAGGCUUAUGCUAAACGUACACUCACAUGGGUGGGGGAGGGGGUUGUCAAUAAAGCGGGGUUAAAAAAAGAAGAUUGCGUGUUUGGAAAGACAAUGUUUCCUAUAGAAAAUGUACUCCAUAACAGUUUCGUGCACGUGGUUUGUCACCAAUUGAAUUUCAUUGGCACGAAAUGUCGAGGAGAUUCAAGCUGGAUUUUGCAAACCUCAUUUAAAUCGUACAUUAUUUUAUAGACUAUAUUGUUCCUAUCUUUUACAAACACGAAUUGAAAAUAUUACGAUUAUUUAUUUAACGAGAAUUUAUCUUUUCCGUUGUUACGAUGAUCUCGUGUUUCAAUCGAUUUUGGCUCACAUAAAUUUUUACACUAAUUAAAUAUAAAUAGUCUUAAUGAACAGCGGGAUAUACCAAACGCCGUGAAAAUAAUAGACGAAAUUUGGCAAAAAAUGAAACUGGCGGGACUUUGCGAGGGAAAUGCAGCCUCGUUGAGAUGAAAAUGGUCGAAGAGAAAGAAAAAAUUCUUUUAUUUCUCCUUUUUAUAAAUUUAUACGCUUCAAGGGUUGCAGGGAAAAUGAUGGAAGAUUUUCAUUCGCGCGGGUAGUGCCUUCGACUGAAAUGUAUCUUCAACACUCGCCAGUUAGUUCUUCGGUUCUUCUAAUUCUGCUCUGGAUUUAAAAAAGGUGCCUGACUGAAAAAAAAAAUACCAAUUUCGAGCAUUUUUUCACUCGAGCGAUCAAUGCUUCCAGUGGUAUGAAACCAUAGAAACAUGGCAUCAAUUUCAUAAUAUAAUUAACGAACUAACACUGAUUUCCAAGUUUCAAUUAUUUUAUGUUAUCGCCGUAUAUUCGUGAUUUCAAACCACUGUAAAGCUUCACGAGACAGAACUGACGAAAAAUCCGCAGAGAAACGUUUAAAGACUAUCAUAGCUGUAUUAAUCGAUAACGAGAAACACGCCACCUAAUUAAUUUCCAAUAAAUAAUAAAAAAACGUAUUUAUUCACAGCGAACUCGCCGUGUCCUUUAAAUAAAACAACCAGGCGAUUAAAUUCGGUCAUUUUCGCUAGAAUGGAGGAUAAACCGAUGUAUUUUUUCAGAUAUAGACGAGCACUUAGACAAUGAUAGAUAGUGGUUUCUUACCGAUCUGAACGUACGACGAUCUUUUUUGCAUAAUACACGAUUUAAAAAAUUGGAGAAAAAAAAUAAAAAAUAAAAAAAUAAACGACGUCGAGCAGACUUCGACCAUGUAAAUAACGGUAUACAUAUAUUAGCGUAAUGAGCAAUAUACAUAAAAUAAUAAUAUAGAAAGGUGAAAAAUACGUGCGCGAGGAGCAAUUGUGUAUGCGUGUGUGUGAUUGAAUACACGGAGAAAGCAAAAUGAAAAAAAAAAAAUAUA